UUUAUUUCUUAAAUGUGAGAUAUAUUUUAUUGUUAAAAGUGGUAAUGUUACAACUGUUGAAAGAUUAAACCACAUGUGGGUAGUACAAUCUGAAUUAAAAACUUUCAAAGCAUAUUUUAUUUAUUGAGUCAUUGUUAAACAGGUCUAAUUUGAGGUAUGUGUUCUUGGAAAGUUAGAAACCCAUUGAACCCAAGAUUUGUUUGUGUGUGUGUGUGUGUGUGAGAGAGAGAGAGAGAGAGAGAGAGAGAAAUAGAAAUAGAAAUAAAGAGAAAGUCCCACGGUUGCUCCGCCCCAUUACAUUGCAUUUUGCUUGAAUCUUACAGGCCAGCAGCAGAGGAGCCAUGUAUAUAAGUACAAGGUCCUCUGAGCUCGUAUCUUACAGAUGUUUGAGUGGCUGCAGGUGAAGAAGACAUGGCUUCCAGACCUUCUCUAACUGAGGAGGACUUCUCCUGUCCUUUAUGCUGUGAAAUCUUCAGGGACCCCAUCCUCCUGGCCUGUUCACACAGCAUGUGUAAGGGCUGUGUCCGCAAAUUCUGGGACCAGCGAGGAGCUCUGGAGUGUCCCAUCUGCAGAACCGUCUCCUCCAACUCCGAGCCCCCCACCAACAUUGUGCUGAGGAACAUGUGUGAGGCCGUGUUGAAGGAGAAGAACCGCAGGUUCUCUGUGGAGAUGGAGGGGUUCUGCAGUUUACACCAGGAACCUCUUACUAUAUUCUGCCAUAAGGAACAAAGGCCCAUCUGCACUAGAUGCAAGGACUCCAGCCUGCAUAUCAAGCACUCUUUCUGCUCCAUACAGGACGCCUCUGAACACCUGAAGCAGGAGCUGCAGAAGAAAAUAAAACCCCUAAAUGAGAAGCUGAAAAUCUAUGAGGACUCCAAACAACCCUAUGAAAAAAUGGCAGAGUACAUUAAGAAACAGGCUCAGCAUACAGAGGCUCUGAUUAAAAGGGAGUUUGAGAAGCUUCACCACUUUCUUUGGGAUGAAGAGGCGUCCAGGAUAGCUGCACUGAGGAAAGAAGAGGAGCAGAGGAGUCAAACUGUAAAGAAGAACAUUGAGAAGAUUCAGACACAGAUAUCUCAAAUCUUGGACACAAUCAAAGUCAUUGAAAAGGAAAUGGCAGCAGAGGAUCUGCAGUUUCUGCUGAACUACAAAGCUUCAGUUGAAAGAACCCAAGCCAAGCUGGACAGUCCAGAGACAUUCUCAGGAGUGCUGAUCAAUGUGGCAAAGCACCUGAGCAACCUGGGCUUUCAAGUAUCAGAAAAGCUGCACGGUUCAAUACAAUACACUCCUGUGGUUCUAGACCCCAAUACUGCCCAUGCUGACCUCGUAGUGUCUGACGAUCUUCUCACUAUGGCCUACAAAGGUCUUCCUCAGGAUCUUCCAGCUAACCCAGAGAGGUUUGCAGGCUUUGCGAUGGCCCUGGGCUCUGUAGGCUACAUCUCAGGCACACACAGCUGGGAGGUGGAGGUUGGAGAGAACACGUCCUGGGCUGUGGGAGUGAUCACAGAGUCUGUGCACAUGCACAGGGAGAACCUCUCACGCUCCGGCUUGUGGUACGUCGGGUUUUCCAACGGCAAGUACGGGAAAGGAUACUCCCCAGAGAACCUGAGCGUGAUGCGGGUUGGUGAGAAAGUCCAGAGGAUCAGAGUUCAGCUGGACUUAGACAAGGGCAGGCUGACCUUCACCGAUUCAGGCCGCAACACCUGUCUGCACGUUUUCAAACAAGCUUUCCAUGAAAGAGUUUUCCCUUACUUUUAUAGCCACUGUAAAUUACAUCCUCUAAGAAUAUUACCAGGACAGUCCUCUGUGAAGAUUCAUAUGCCCAGUUAGAGUUUUUUUUAUCAUCACUAUUAUUAAAAUGGUCGUAAAUUCAGCUCUUGUUUGUUGGUUUAAAUCAAUUAAGUAAAAGUUCAUGGUUAGAAAAAUCCAAAAAAAUGUGGUUAUAAAAGUGUAAAAUGUGAAAACAACAAAAAAGCACAUACUUCUGAAAUGUGUUAAACAGAGAAAAAUAAACUGCCUAUUGCUGCUGUGACUUUUGAGCAAUUUAAAAAAUAUAUCAUUAUA